UGUUUUUAUUUUGAUUCGAUUGCGAUUCGAACACGGAAGUAGUUGGUUUGUUUCUCGGUUCCUUUCGUACUGCAUCGUAUGAACUCGUUGACGAGCGUAUUGUGAAAUGUCUAAUUGUUUUUUUCGAACAAGAGUAUGAUAAUGAAUGUCUAAAUUAUGGUGAUAAACCGUUUGGAUCCGGAAUAAAGAAAGUAAAUCCCUAAAUAAUGGCCUCGAGGGGAGACAAAGGGAAUGGAAAUGGCGAGGAGCAGAUUGUGGAGACGUUGGCGGAGGUGUUCCGCUGCUUCAUAUGUAUGGAAAAGCUGGUGGAUGCGCACCUGUGUCCGCACUGCUCGAAGCUGUGCUGCUAUGCCUGCGUUCGGCGGUGGCUGACGGAGCAGCGCUCGCAGUGCCCUCACUGCCGCGCCUCCUUGCACCUACAUGAGCUGGUCAACUGCCGCUGGGUGGAAGAGGUCACGCAGCAGAUAGAGACCAUGCAACAGACCAACUCUGCCACCCAGAGGGAGAGCUUUAGAGACAGAUGCCCAACACAUCAAGAGAAAUUGACAGUAUACUGUUGGACUUGCCGCCGGUGCAUCUGCCACCAGUGCGCGCUGUGGGGCGGCACCCACUCGGGCCACACAUUCAAGCCCUUGGAGGAGGUUUACGAGCAACAUGUGACUCAGAUCCGAGAUGAGGUGUCUCAGCUUAGACGGAGGCUCAUGGAGCUGAUUAGUUUGGUGCAGGAUGUGGAGCGCAAUGUAGAAUCAGUACGGGCUGCAAAAGACGAGCGCGUGCGGGAAAUCCGUAACGCUGUGGAACUGAUGAUCUCCCGUUUGGACUCCGCGCUCAAGGCCAAGCUCCUCACGCUGAUGGGCCAGAAGAACAGCCUCACACAAGAGACUGAGCAGCUUGAGCAUUUGCUGCAGGAGAUUGAGCAUCAGCUACAUGCUAGCACUAGGUCUGAGUUAAUAGCCAAGAGUAGCGACCUAUCGAAGAUGAUUCACCAAGUGCGAAAGAAACCUAUGGCCAGCUUUGUCACCGCCCCAGUACCCGCGGAUUUCCAUAGCGAGAUCGUCCCGAGCUACGACAGCAGCACCUUCCCGCUGACCAACUUCACUCAACUCCAGCAUGCGGCCGCUCCCGUCUAUUCUGCCCCUCUCCACGUCAACGGGCUAUGCUGGCGUCUGAAGGUGUACCCGGAUGGCAAUGGCGUUGUACGAGGGAACUACCUAUCUGUGUUCCUAGAGCUCAGCGCUGGAUUACCGGAGACCUCCAAAUACGAGUACCGAGUAGAGAUGCUCCACCAAGUCUCCCGCGACCCGUCUAAGAACAUCGUCCGAGAGUUCGCGUCCGACUUCGAAGUCGGCGAGUGUUGGGGCUACAACCGGUUCUUCCGACUGGACCUACUGGCUAGCGAGGGGUACCUCAACCCGGACACCGAUACCCUUAUACUGAGGUUCCAAGUGCGUCCGCCGACGUUCUACCAGCGCUGCCGCGACCAGCAGUGGUACAUCAACCAGCUUAUUAACAUGCGCAGCCAGCACAUCCUACAGAUUAACGAUCUCAAAGAGCGUCUGUCACUCGAAAUGUCCCGCAACUCAAUGGCGGCGACCCGCGCACCGACAACCGCCACCCCAGCGGCGCAGGCCUCCGACACCGACAACCCGGCGCAGAACAAGCCCGUCGACGGGAACGCCGUCAGCGACGCUUUGUUGUUCGCCGGCCAGUGGAAAUACUCGCCGCACGCUACUGUCAGCGGCCAGCGGCUCAUGAGUCCAGGAUCCCUGACGCCGGUUCUGUUUGAAGAGUCCCGCAACAACGACGUGUCGUCCGCCGGCGCGUGCGGCUACGGCGACUACGGCGACCGCCGUCUGCCCGUCAACAUGCCGUCCACCUCCAGGUCGGCGAACUCCCUGGGCGUGGGCGGGCUGGGCGGCGGUGGCGGGGUGGGCGGGGUGGGCGGCGCGGACAGCAUGGCGCUGGUGAGCCUGCACACGCUGCUGAGCGCCGCCGCGCCGCCGCGCGCGCCCUCCCGGGUGCCCAGCAAGCUGCCGCGCCAGCACCCGCACCAGCACCAGCACCAGCACCAGCACCAGCCCAGCAAGGACGAGCUCGCCAGUCAGUAUCCCGCUCACUACAAACUGAUAGUGACCACGAGCGAACACACAGUGGCCUCGGUGCCGGUCCCGGAGACUCCCCACACGGAGACGCUGUGCGCGUCCAUGUCGUCGCCCGAGCUGCGCGCGUGCGCGGCCGCGGAGCCGGCGCCGGCGCACGAGCCGCGCGAGCCGCCCCAGCAGCCGGGAGCCUCCGAGUCCAGCAGCGACGCCGGGGACCUGAUGUUCAGCGAACUAGAAGUGUUCACGGAUGAAAACAAUCCAUGCCACGCCGACGACAACUCCAACGAAGAGAAUGACGUCGACGAGGAAACUAUGUCGGACGUGUCGUCGGGCACGGGCACGUCGUGCAGCUGGUGCGCGGAGCAGCCGCGCCGCGUGUACUGCGCCUACCGCCACCGCCGCCGCGCGCAGCCCUACAGCGCGCGCCGCCAGCGCCCGCAGCAAGACCAAUAGACACACUACAACCCCUCAACUCCCACCAUCACUAAAUCUAAAGCUGGCCAUACACACUAAAAUAGACGCCAAACGAUCGUUCCGAUAGGGUAAUAAACCGAGCUGUCAACAAAGAUGCGGCUAAAUGUAAAAAACAAUGUAAUGUUUAAGGUUUAAAGCAAUAAUAGUAGAUUGUUAACCAAGGGUUGAAAGGCACCCAUUUCUGUCGAGGUAGUUUGGCGCUCGAACGCAGUGAGAGCGCCAAUAGUCCGAGACGGGAAUGGUGCCUUUAAUUCAUCCGAGUUAAACACUCUACUUUUCAUUAUCGAAUGCGAGGAAACCAAACAAAACAAGGCAAUUUCGCAAAAUCAGUAAUUGAAGUACCUAAUAGACCUACGGCCAUGAUUUUUUUUCCUUAGGACUUACUUGCAAUCGGAGACUUUACAUGUGUGAAGAUUAAUAGCCCCUAGCGAGAAUCAUUUAGAUUGCAAUAUUUACGAAAACAUACAUUUUUUAACAAACUGCAGUAAUUUUAAAAUUAUUUGUUCAUUAUAGUAUGAAAAUCAGCGGGAUUGCCUCUUACUUUUUAAUUUUAUACUUUUUCGUUCUAAAAGCCGCAACAGACUACCGGACCGUAUCGCGACCUUGGUGCGCCGCACCACGUUAUAACAUAAUAAAAGUAUUUUAAAUAUUAAAUAACAAUUUAAUUAAUAGUACAAGAUUUUUUUAUCUUGUAUUUUAUUUAUACAUUAAAUAACUUUAAACACCAAUUUAAUAUCGUACAAACGUUUAACUGUGGCUGUAUAAGAUUCUGCCUUUGCUCAUUUACGCAAGUGUAAGGUUUAAAAAAAUAUUUUUGGUGUAUUCCUUUUGGUUCCCGCCUUAUGAAAUCGAGUAAAUAGAAUUCAACGAACGAAAUCAAGAAUAAUUUGUUUUUAACAAUUUCCUUACAUCAUUUUUUAUAAAAAAAGGAUCAACGUGGGAUUAGUAAAAUUAAACAAUUGCCAGGCCAAUUAACAGUUCCAGGCGAGGAAAUAAAGACACUAUUUUUCCAUUUUGUUUCCACCCAGUUGUUCGUGGGACGGGGACGCAGAGGAGUACACCACUUUUCUGCACUAGAGCAUAAACGUAUCACUUUCUGCGCACCUUUUAGAACAACAACGACCCACUUUCAGAGCAUGAGAUAUGAAAAGAUUUUUUAUAUUGCACCUCGAGUUUAACUGCAUAGGUAAAACUGUGCAGGCAUACCCUAGUGUGUAUGGCCAGCUUAAGGCAGAUUCUCAUUGUCACCGUCCGAUAUCGUGACGGUGGAGGGCACGUGAAUUCAUAGUAACCUAGCUUUUCUACCCGCGACUUCUUCUACGUAUAAACAGGAAUUUCAUAUCACUAUUAUAGUCAGUUCUACCUUCGUUUUAAACCCCUAAAAGAAUGAUUUCCAGGAUAAAAACUAUCCUAUUUCCUUUCCCUGAACUCAAACUAUCUCCAUACCAAUUUUAUCUAAUUGGUUCAGCACUAUAAGCGCGAAAAGUUAGUUUAUUUCGAAAGUAGUUAAUUUCGCAUUUAUAAUAUCAGUAGGGAUGUAUGAAAAACAGAAACGCCUGGGAAUUAGAGGUCUUACAUUUGGAAGUGCUGGAGUUGAGGGGUUAAAUAAUAACAUCCCGAAGCCACAUGAUUGCCAAGCCUCGGCAGAGAAAAAGAAACGUUGCGUAGAGUGCGCUAAAUACGGUCAAUAGAAAGCUAAAGCUGUAGCCUGGAGUUAGAGUCUGUGCGGAAAGAGGAGAGUCGUGAAAUGCAUGGGGCCCAAUACAUUCCACGACUCUUCUCUUUCCGCACAGACUCUAUAUACCUAUGUAUAGUCUGUCGAUUUGUAGCUGGCCCCGAACUGCUAAUCCUUUGUCUAUUGUUAAGUAAAACCGCACGUGUUAUACUUACCUGCAAAAAGGGUCUUAAUAUAUAAUAUAUUAAGGGUUAAUUAUUCUAAUUGGCACCUGAGCGCGGGCUAGUCCAACGCUCAAAAAACCAGUGUAGGUGCGCUUUCCAAUAACGCGCCUUUGUUACGCAUCUCGUUGACACAUUUUUGACUGGUUCGACUCUUCGGCACUCAGUAACCGUAGAGAAUUACACGACCCUUUUUUUACAGGUAGAGGCACGUGCGGUUUUACUUAACAAUAGACAAAGGAUUAGCGGCUCGGGGCCAGAUACAAAUCGAAAGACUAUAAUAAUAUACGGACGAGAGGCGAGGUGAAAAGCGAGAUAGGUAAAUUGCGUUAUUGGCUAGCAGAGGUUUGGUAAUGUAACGCCAAAGAAAUAGACGUACUUAUAAUUAGCAGUUAUAGUCCGAUCAAUAUUAUCUGGCAAUAUAAAACUGAUUAUACAUUUUAACAUCUAAAUUCGAUUCAACAAAUUAAAUAUAUUAAGAACGGUCACUCACGUAUUUUAAGUCGAAAAACGCUCGACACGUUGAUGAUGAUGAUACUCCUCGGUACGGAGUGAAACAUGUCGAGCGUUUUUCGAAUUAGAAUACGUGAGUGACCCGUUCUUAAUAUAUUUAAUAUGUCUGUGUUUCACGGAAGUUUUGUUAUUAAAAUCGAUCCACCAAUUGUGUUAGCAAGCAAGGAUAAAGGGGAGGUCGCUGUAUUAUGUUAUGAUUAUGAUUUUUAAUUUCGAAUACUUAUUACAAAUUUAAACGAUUUUAGUUAAAAAUCAAAGUAUUGAAUAAAUUCGGUUGAAGAUUUAUCAAUACUAGUUUCUAACGACUUAGGCCCACUUGCAUCAUCCCACUAAUCCGGGGUUAAGUGGUUAAACCUAAUAACCUAAUGUCAAAUUGUACUGGUAACCAUGGCAACUCCAAGUUUAACCGGUUAUCCCCGGGUUAGUAGAAUGGUGCAAGUGGGCCUUAUUGUAUUAAAGAGCUAUAUUGAAUGGUAAAUACCUAAAAAGCUGCGUUAAUUGUAUGUUUUUUUAUAUUUUUAUAAUUAAAAAAAACCUCUAUGAGAUUCCCGUUAAAUGUUCUAACUUCACGCGCUGAUGAAUGCCGAACUAUUUUAAACCCUUUGCUUUACACGGCAAGGUGAAAUAUUUACUAGCAUUUAUCAUUGCUUAGGGUGGUAUUCCAUCUGUCCAAUGUCAGUGCGUAUCACUCUCUUAUUAAGCAAAAUGUGAGACAAAAUAGACAUUAGACAAAGAAAUUGGACAGAUGGGAAUACCACCCUUCAGCAUAUUACAAGAUUUACAGGGUAAUGGGUACCUAUACCUACUGUUAAAGUUGAUUAUAUGUUUUUUAUAUAUAUAUUUGAUAAAAAAUCCCAACAACAAUAUCAGACUAUCCGAACCAUAGAAUUAAAGCUGUUUGAUGAUAUGUGUUGGAUAAUAUAUGAUUAGAUAUUAUUUCCAAGUGGUGAAAAAUACCGUUAAUGUUAUAAAUACAAUAGUAAUAACAUACUA